GUUACUUCAUCACACACCGUGCGAAUUUUCCCCAUAGCUUUCGCACGCAGUAUUGCCGCCCAGUCGAAAAUCUAUUUAGGAGACCCACGCCCGUGUAACCACUGUCAAUACACCCGGAGCAAUGGUCUCGUCCACAACCGUCUUGCAGGUACUGUUUUUGGCGUACGUCGCGGCAUCCGGCGAGCCGCCGAGCGCCGAGACCGUUGUCGACAAGCUACCCAAACCAGUGUCGGCGGUCGCCGACGACUCGGGCGAGCGCGUGACCGCGGCCGCGACGCCGUCCGCGCAGCCCAAAGACGUGUCCAUCCUCAAGCAGAUCAACAAGGUGAACGACGACGGGUCUUACACGUUCGGGUACGAAGCAUCGGAUGGCAGUUUCAAAGUAGAGACCCGUGACGUGGCGGGCAACGUGAAAGGCAUGUUCGGGUUCGUGGACGACGCGGGACGGCUGAAGCGAGUCACGUACUCGGCCAGCAACUCGUCCGGUUUCCAGGCGGCCGGCAGCGAGUCACCGCGGCCGUCACCGGACCCGACGGCCGCGUCCGGGCCGCAGACGGUUGCCGGUCGAAGAAAUAAAAAGGACGACAGCAGUGCGGGUAGUGUCGGCGGUGAUAACGGCGGUGAUGACAGCGGUGAUGGCGGCGGUAGUGGCGACGAGACGGACGGCGUAAAGUCGGUCGGAGUGAAAAAGGUGUUGGUGUCCAAGAGGCCGGUCACGGUGGCCGCGGCGCCGGAUUUGAUGACGGACUCGGACGCGGCCGACGACCGGCGGUGGCGCGGCGGUAACGAUCUGCGCAGGCAACUGCCCAGGAACGAAGACGGAGAUGCGCCCGACGUGUACGGCGUGCACGGCCGGUCCAGCAUCCAGGAGUCGGGACCCGUGUCGCCCGUCGUGUCCGCGCUCAUGUCCGAGCUGAUGCCGGUCAGGUCGUACGGCGGCGGACGUCCGGCGCCGUCGUCGGUCGAACACGAUAACGCGGCUAUCAGCAGCAGACGAGCGGCGCAGGAGCUGCAAGAAGAAGGAAACGACGGCCAGCAGUACGGCGGCCCGGCAACGGUGCAGUACCGCGAGAGGCAGUCGCCCGUCGCGCUCUACCGGCCGCGGGCCUCGUACCCGGUGACGGCGGCGUACCAACAACAGCAGCGACCGGUCGCGUACCUCGCGCCACCGCCCCAGAGCGGUCCCAGUCUGGUGGCCCUCCGGGACGAACUCAUGGAGCUCAUACUGUCGUUCGUGCAGGCGCGCGUUUCGCAACUCGUGUCCGUCGCCCCAUAUCCCGCGCCCGCCCCGUACCCGAUGCCGUAUCAGCAGCCCAACUACUACGUGCCCAGUUACUAUCAAGGACCCCGGGUGGUUGCCGGUCCGGCGACCGCGGUCACACAACAGGGACAAGAGUCGUCGCCGAUAGUCACGCAAACGCUCAAGGACGGACUGAUCCGGAUGCUGUUGUCCACCAGCCCGCGAUACGAUCCGGACAGGAUCGGCGAACGUCCGACGACCAGGCUGGCGUACCGCAGUACAACAACGCAGCAGGCGCCAGUCAGGAGCGUGCAGAUCGUCAGUGGCGACGGCGGCGAUGACGACGGCCGCGUGACGAACAGCAGACCGGUGACGACCGAAACUCCGGACUAGCGUUGCUGCUGUUACUUUAUUAUCAUAGUUGAAAAUUCAAGUGAAAAAAAGUACCGUUAAUUAUUUUAUUAUUGUUGUUAUCAUUAUUAUUAUUAUUAUUAUUGAGUGCAUUAUUAUUUCUAAUAUAAAUGUUUUUUUUUUUUUUUUAUUAAAAUCGCUUUAAUAAUUGUUUAUAACCGCUUAUAUUAGUACAAAGUUGUUCUAUUAUGAUUUUAUAAUAAGUAUAAGUAAUAACUAUUGUUUUAAUAAUGGUUGUAUGCAUUUCGGUCUGCUACUGUUACCGAUCACCGAUGUAAUAAUGUAUAUUACCAUUUAACAUUUUGUUAUUAUACUUUGGUUUUAACAAGCUACGUCUGGGCUACGAUAAUAAUUUAUUUAUUAUAAAAUUAGUAAAGUACGUAAACGUAGCAAAUAAACUGUUUGCUAAACAAGCAAAUUAUGUUUUCGUAUUUUAUAGGCAACCGAAAUAAUACGAACAUUUUUUUUGUCGAAACAAAUAUUUGUAUAUUUAUUACACUUUAGUUUUUUUA